UUAAGCCCGGAAGCGACACCUAUACCCUACGAAAACUCUACAAAUUUCCUGUGUACACCUGUUGCUGAAAAAAGGAUCAAGCAUAUUUUUCUCUUGUGAGCACAAGAAACAACAAAAAUCACUCAUAUGCGCCACAGAAUACGAUGAAGUUUUCCAGCAUGAACGGACCAAGCGAAUCUGAAGUUGAAAGUCUACUUAUGAGUCCAUGCUGGGGUCCCACACAAAACGGUAGCCAGGAUCAAUACCUGCUUGAUGGCCAUAAACUGCUGCUCGAACAUGACCUUGACUCGCUGCCCAGCGAUUCCGAACAAAAGAACUCGCUAGAUGUGCUCGACAAUCUGCUAUUGAAUACGUCCUCACUAAAUGCGCUUUCCGAUCUAAAACCACUACCACCGUUCACCGGCUAUACGGGGCAUUUGUCCAUCAAUGGCAUCUCCGGACACCAUUACCAUGCGAUCGCACAGAGGCUACCUGAUGAGAGUAACAACAAUUACAUACAAAGUGCCUACCAGACGAAUCAUUCGACUACGUCGACGACGACAGGAAACGCCUCCACAAGUAUACAGCUGGCAGCGGCGACGUCGGGUACAUCACCGCUACCAUCGAUGCAGGGCAGUGGUGCUGGCGGCGGCGGUGGUGCCAACAGUCAUGGCUCUUCAGCCGACCAUAACAUUGUUUCCUCGUCUACUUGCCUGCCUGAGAGCGUGUUAAGUCCGGAUGCGGACGCCUGUCUGGGUGAUGUAAAACUCUUUGCGGAUAGUCAAUUAGAUAAUAAGCUAUACUCGAUGGCCGACAGUUGUGUAAUGUCGGCAGCUAAUUCGGGUAGCCUCGGUGGUGGCGGUGGCGGAGGCAGGAAUGGCCACAACGCCAAUGGCAUGGUGGGCGGUGGUGAUCAUGGACCAGAUUCGUUGCACAGCGGCGUACGCAUUUACACCGAUGCCAAAGACCUGUCCGAGUAUGUAGAUAUGAACUCAAUUGACGAUAUUGCGGCCAUAAUUGGCUCAGCGAUAGCCGAUACCACAGUGCCCAACCAACUGGAUAAGGAUGAUGGCAAUGAUACGCGUGAUUCCUGGAUGGAUCUGGAUGCGUGGAUCGAUGGAAAUUGUAUACAACAGGAUGGGAAGCUACUGGUGUCACAACAGGAUACGCUCAGCGAAUUCAUCUUGCCACACUCACCCGUGCACCCGAGCAGUUCGACGCUACAAAGCUUGCUGACGCACGGUUACAUGCCUUUACUGCACAACCGACUGCAGAAUGGCCCACCACAACAGCAACAGCAUUCAGCCAAUACGACGGCGUUAAAAAGUGAAGCGCCCAGUUCUACCUCAUACUGUAACGAGCUGCCCACAGCGUCGUCUACUUCCAGUCCACCGGGAUCCGUGGUGUCAACCACAGACAAUCUGAUGAUCAAUCCGCGCUAUCUAACCAAUCAGCAUCAAUACCAAGUCACUAUGUCGUCGAUGAAGUCCGACGGUCUCUGUAGUCCCGACAUGCUUGGAAAUUAUCCACACACGACGACAAUUACACCCACCGGCACACCGAAAACGAAACGGUCACGCUCUCAAAAGAAAUCCAGUCAACAGCAACAGGCGCAAGCGAACGCACAGUCCAACAGCAGUAGUGGCGUACUCGGACCGCAACAACUCAACGCAAUUUCACCAUCCUCCGUCAGCUUUAGCGCCAAUGACCUUUCCGGUUUGUUGGGCAAAGAGAAACCCGUACAUCGGUGUAGUAUCUGCAAUCGUGGCUUCCUCAACAAGAGCAACAUCAAGGUACACCUGCGAACGCAUACGGGCGAGAAGCCAUUCCGUUGUGACGUCUGCGCCAAAGCGUUUCGACAAAAGGCGCACUUGCUCAAACAUCAACAGAUACAUAAGAGAAUUGGGCGUGACUGACACGAUGCGCGCGAGGAUCACGAACAACAACAACAAACUGUUGCCGUGAUGCAAGCCAACAUGCGAGCGUUCAAGCCCAAAUCUACAAAAUCGUUGCGUCUAAGAGUGAACUGAAUGUGUGUAAGUGUGUAAAUGAAGGCGUUGAAGGGGUAGCUGUAGCGUGGCUAUCUGAAAUGGUUGCCGGGCUGGAGCUAUGCCCACAGCCGACACACAUCAACACUCUCAGAGGCAGCGUAGUUUUCAUUAAAGGUGUUGAAACGAUAGCACAACUGGAAUGUAAGAGUGCAGCUGCUGAGCGGGCUACAAGUCAACUCUCAGUCAAUCAACUCCAGUGAGUAUUUCGUACUUCAAUGUCCUUCAAUGAGCAUGUGCGUGUUACGAAUUCCUUAAUAAGAGCCAUAUUCGACAAAAUGAGGUAAGUGUUUUCUGCAUAUUAAUUUGACUACACUUGACAAACACUUGCAGUCCAUUGGAUAAGAGUAUAAUCUUUUGUAGUUUAGUUGGUAAUGAAAAUACUUUGAUACAAUUUCAUAUUCGUAAGUGGUGUUGUUUUUUGAAUACGCGACACGCACUCAAUAUUUGUUAUUCGUUGUUGUUGGUUGCUUUUGAUCUCUUUAGUUUUACUCUUUGUUAGUUGAAUCUAGUUACUUAGUUGAUGAGUAGUGGGCUGGAAUUUAUGUACAUAUACAUAUUGAAUUGGGGUAGGUCCCUCUACAAUUAAGUCUGUAUAAAUAUAUUUAGAACAUUUGAGCCAGAUAAAAUCUAGUGAAAUUGUAGCAUUAGCAGGCAAAUAUAUUUAUGGAUAGCAAAAGUUAUAAGUUCUAAGUAAACAUCACUUGGUUUUAGCUUUGAAAUUUGUUUCCAAUUUAUGUUAAAGACUUGGUAUAUGCAACACCUAAAAAUCCAAAAAUCUGCUAUGAAAGCCAGUACAUCUCGUAGACUUCCUACAUCCCCCUGUUGGUCUACUUUAAAUAAUUAAAAAAACGACUCCAGCGCUUUUUCCUGCCAGUUUAUUUUGUAGAAGGUAUGGUUGCGUUGUUUAUAUGUAUCCAACAGAUUGAAGUGGAAAUGUGAAAAAUGGAAUACUCUACGAGAGUGCCAAAUCUGGACCGUUUUAAGCUUUAAAAACGCUCUGCCUUGAGUGUAGGUAAUCAUUUUACUCAAUUCAAUGGUUUCCCAAAAUCAAGCAUGCCCAAAACAUAUUCCGCAGGAGAACUUAUUUUAUAGCUUUCUGUAAAGUAAAAGCUCUCCCUGGUCGUCACUGACUUAGGUAAAAUUUUAAAGCGGGCCUUCGCUGAUAGCAGAGGAAAGAAAUAGGUGGUUAUAACGUAAGAAAAAGCUUCAAUUUUUCCAAACUCGUUCAAAGUUCAUAUAGGUUUGACUAAAAAAGCCUUCUCCGCAUGCAGAGCUCUUAUAUUUAUGCACAGUUUAAAAGCACUCUGGUAUAAUACGGGUUUGAAUUAAAAAUUAGGCAAAAAUCGCACUCUGGCCAUUUAGUCAUCCAGACCAACUCUAUAUUAUCUAGAGCAUUAGCUUUAUUAAUAAGUUUUUUGAAAAUUCAAAGGUUUUUGCAAGAAAAAGUUCAAUAAGAUCUAUAGAAAAUUGUUGUCAAGCUUUUGAGGCAGACGCUAAAAGGUCAAUAUUUUAACUGAAUCCAUGUCAGAGUCGGCCACUUCAACAGUAUGCGCGUAAAGGUGGAAACAAGCUUUAACGCCAUCUUACUCGCUACUAUCAAAAUGCUUGAGGUUGGAAAAACUCUAUUCCAAAACAUUUUCGCUAAACCUUACUCGAGAGCUUUUCCAAAAAUUUCCCAAAUCUUAAUAAGCUCUAAAAAACUACACUUUUGUAAUUAAAAAGCUUUGUAAAUUCAAGUACUUCUUACACUGUGGCGGGAUAACGUGAUCAAUAAAAAUAGCUUUUAAAGCUGCGAUGGAUCUGUCACAACUAACACAUAUCCUCUGGGAGAAGAGUUUUAAAGCCUUUUUAUUGGCACGCACAGAGUAAAAGCUCUCUUUUUAUUACCUCCCUU